ACAUCCCAACUCAACUAUCGCCGACCACUUUUGAAAGGGCAAAACGACGACCAUGGCAGAGGUAGCAAAGACUGUAGCUCGCCAAUUGCCCGGCUUCAAGCUGGGCCAGAAGCAGGUUUUUCUGCCAAACCAUGUAAUCACCUUUCUUCGAAAAGAUCACCUCCCACCAAACGAGGCCACUUUCCAGGUCCCUCUACGAUUCACAAAGUUCGAUCUCCGAGAUUACCUCUGGAACCUAUACAAUGUCGAGGUCACAAAGGUCCGAUCAUACGUCAAGCAGCAACCCCUAACCCAGCGCAACUCCCACUCGCGCUCGUGGUACCGCCCCAAACCCCUCAAGGUCAUGACCGUCGAAUUGGCAAAGCCCUUCCAAUGGCCCGAACUUCCCGAGGACAAAACACCCUGGAGUAACCAAUUGUUCCAGAUGCGCGAGGAUAUGCUGGAGAAGCGAAAUAAGGAGCAUAUUGCGCAACAGCGAUUCGAAAUUCCUCUCAAGAGCAAGCAGCUCCCGUCGAAGGAGAGACAAGAGUUGGCCAAUAUGGCACAAAAGCUGUUAUCGGGAGAGGAGAAGUGGACCAACGAUGUUAUCUUGGAUCCUAAAUGGGAGAAGUUACUGAACAAGGAGGAAGCAGAGGUUAAGAAGGACGCAAAUGAAGCUUAAACGACUACGACAGGCGAAUUACGACUUGAAACUGCAGGAAACUGCUAAUGAAAGAGGCGCCAAUUCUAUGAGGAGCCACGCAUGAUGGACCUCUGUAGGAUAAGCGGGCAUCAUAACUGUACAUUAUUGUAACUAGUCUUGGAUGGGCAAUGCAUGCAGGCGGGUUAAAGAUUAUGAGCGCAAAUAUAGACGCUGAAAACUCGUAUAUUCUUCGUCACAUUAUUCCAUGUCGUGCCAA